AGAAGCGCGUAUAGACAGCGUCCUACUUGAAAAAGUUGCCAGCAAUUUCCUUUAAAUUCGUAUCUCUUUCGUCACAAAUGACCUUCGGGCGGUAACAACAGGAUUAUCACAGCAAUUUCCGAUACUGAGUAUAAAGUUUCCGCAUGAUUAUUAAUAAGUGGGGUCUGGAACCAAGCUUUUCGUUCGCGUGAUUCACAGCACCCUGCAAAGACUCCGUGAUUGUAUGCAAGAGAAAGGUCCUUGGAAUCUAUUGGGAGGAUAGAAGCUAGAAAGCAGGUGAUUCAAAGUUCAGUUUGUCGGAUUUGCAGGAGGUUUUCGUGAUGGAUGCUUGGAAACGCGUCGGAUUGAAUGCCUUUCUUUUGUUAGUAUUGAUGAUGCCGACACCUGUCCUAGGGACAUCAAACUCAACUGCGCUCAAUAGUGCAUUAAAAACGGCAGUAGCAUCAAAAAGUUCAUCUUCAUCUCCUGCUACAGUGCCAGCACCAUCAGGAAGCUUAUCUGCAUCUCCUAGUAUAACGGACUUCCCAACUGCGCCCGAUACUACAUCAAAAACUACAACGGUAGCAGAGGCAACAACAUCAGGAAGCUUAUCUGCAUCUCCUAGUAUAACGGACUUCUCAACUGCGCCCGAUACUACAUCAAAAACUACAACGGUAGCAGCGGCAACAGCAUCAGGAAGCUUAUCUGCUUCUUCUCUAAGAGCAUCACUAACGUUAGCUGCAUCAAAAGCAUCAACAAAAACACCAACAGCAAAGGUGACACUAGCAACAGGUACAGGAUCAGUAGCAGUGCCUUCAGUGCACCAAAGCCCGUCACCUUCAAGCUCAUUCAACCUUCCACCUUCAAAAAGUUCUUUUAUACCAACAGGGACACUGACGCCUCACCAGAUCAAGUACCCUAUGAUAGUGGCAGUAACCUUCAAAAUGACUUGGGGAGACUUAUGUCCUUUGCUUACUCUAUUUAAAGAGCGUCUUUCGCAGCAUCUUCUUGAGUACAAAGGCUACAAAAACACUGAGUAUUACAACGUCGCAACGGAUAGGAUAAUACUCAUCAACAGAGAUAAAAAUUGCGACGACAAGUCGUUUUAUGACGAGGAAGCCGUUAUAGAAUUCUACAUUACUGACAACAGUACAGUGGAUAGUGUUAGUAUGGCAAACAAAACUGACAUACCGAUAACAAUCAAGGCUUUUAAGAUUUUAUAUGAUUACUGGGUGAACCACUUAAUGGUACGUCUACACGAAGUGUUUAGAAAGCAGGUCACCAAAGUCGAACUCAUUGAAGGGGCCAAAGAUGUAACGGAAAAAUACCAAACGGAAAUGACGGGAGGGAAGCGCCUCGGUAUUGGUAUUGGAGUUUGUCUGGCUGUGAUUUUGUUUCUUGGCAUCGUGUAUUUCUGUUGGACUGCACGCAGACAAGUAAAAAAUGCAGGCCACACACUAAACAAUAAACAAAUGGUGUUCACUAAUGAGGUAGCCUAUAAAGAGGAAGCUAAAGGCGGGAGUACUGAGACUGUUUCAAGUGAACCCAAGGCCACUUAACCAGUAGCAGACUCACAGGACGAUGACGAGCCUGAAGAGGUUGUGGUACAUCAACGACCUCAAACUCUGGAGAAAACGCCACUCCUCACGGAUAACCAAGAUGGUCAAAGAGCUUUUGGAGCACCGUCCCAUGAGAAACCCUUGGAGGCACCACUGGUCCAUCCUGAGCCCGUCAAUGAUUUCCAAGAAGAACCUGACAAGCCAACGUUGGAACCGAAAGAAGAACCCAUAGUUUCACCCGGCGAACCGUCGGCAGUGCCAAUUAAAUCAUUUGACGAACCAGAGGCAGAACCAAUCAAAUCAUCAGAUGAAGGCAUAGAAGAGCAAAGCAAGUCCCCGGCUGCGCCUGAGGUGACGGAAACUGAAUCCCCGCCAGCCGAAAGUCGGCCUGAGCUGGCAAAAGAAGAGGAUGACAAACCGGCUUCGGGAGAAGAUGACGAAGAAAUCAAACCUGAUUUUGGCCAAUCAGAUCAUAAAGACGAAGAUCCUACCCAGGGUGCUAUCAAUUUGGCUUUUGAAGCCAGGGCUGAGGCGCCUGGUCACGAGAAAGAGAAAGAUGAGGAAACCAAAUUUUAAAGACAUUAUCAUGGGUAUAUUUCGGAAACGCGGUCAGCCAAGAGACAGUUUGUGAUAAACUGUCAGUAGAGAGCUUUAUGAUGGUCACUCUCCUUUGCAAAUACUAUCUUCAGGGAAUGCAAUUUAGUUUUAAGUAUAUUAUCUAAGUAGCUAAUGUAUUUAACUUUACUCGCUAUCCAGCUAGUCUUCGGGUUCGGUUAAAAUUACAUAUACCACAACUGAUGGGCUAAUGUCAAGAGUUUAUACCGGGUGCGGCUGUUAAACGUCCAGGGCAUUAUAAGUACCGAGUAUGCAGUGUACGUGUGCUAGUGAUGUGUUGUCUUGCGCGUUUUUCAGACAUUUAAAACCUGAUUUAAAAUCAGGUGCAAAAUUUCUCUCAGCUAUUCGCCUAUUUAGUCUUAUACGGUUUGUAUCACAACAUAUUACGACUUAGUUAUAAACCCCCAGAAAAAAACAUUUCUUAUAAUAAGACUGACUAGCUUUUGCAAUAUUGUUUUGCUUACUUAUUACGAAGAAGCAAACGGUUCAAAGGAGACUAUUUUUCUCUCUGAGUUUCGCUCAAAGAACAUCUCAAUGGUCCUCAGACGAAAUCAGGGUAUUCCUACACAAAUUCAUCAGAUUAGCUUCCUCGCCGAUGACAAAAACAUUCUAGAAAGUGGUCUAAUCGACAAUUCCUUCUUAAUCAAAUGAAAUCUGUAUAAAUGAUAAUUGUUUUUCAAUGAAACACGUUCAUUUUCGUGGGGUAUGCGAAUUCAGAACAACUAGACAGAAGAGUUUGGCGUGAUUGCGCAAUUGAAACGUUCUGAGAUGCCUGAAAUCAUACUAUCAUAAUUAUGCUUUUAAUAAAAAGUAGGGCAGUACGUAUUUCCAUAUUAAUAUGAAAGAGGAAAAUACAUCAGAAACUAUUUUUUACUUCUAUUAAAAGUUUUUGUAAUAAACUAUUUUCCUUGAACCUUUGAAAA